AUACGUCGCCGCUGUCUCCUGUCCUUCGUCUUUGCGCGCAGCCUCUCGAGAUGGUCGUGCGCUGCUGCGUCCUAUCCUGCCCAGCUUGGUCGCUGGCCAGGCUCUAGCGGUGCCCAGCUUGGUCGCUGGCCUGCCCAGCUUGGUCGCUGGCCAGGCUCUAGCGGUGCCCAGCUUGGUCGCUGGCACAGGGAAUUCUCCCACGAAGCUGCAUCUCCUUCCAUCCUGGUUGCAUCUCUCUUCGUCAUGUAGAUCAGAAUCGAAGCUUUCUCGCCAUGCGUGAGAUUUUGUGCAUGGUUGGGAGGGAGGCGAGUCUUCGUUUGUGUCCCUGCUGAGUUCUUACUGUUCGUUUUGUCUUUGUUAUGGUUCGUUCCCGUGCUCAUGCUUCCCAGCGUAUUCGCUCCACGUCGUUGGGUUCCUCUUCCUCGGUGGGUUCUUCUUUGCCGGUUGGUGCUGUUGAUGGGAGGUUUCUUGCCCAAGGUUCGAGUGCUGAUGAGGCGCGGCUGCGACGCCAGGCACGGCAAGAUAUCCGUCGUGGGAAGCGUCCUGUAGAUUCAUCGUCUGUUGGAAGGAACGUUCGGCCUGUACUUGAAGAGCUGGUUGAUCCUUGUCUUCUUGCUGUUAGAGCUGCAUCUGGCGUGGAAGUUUUGUGUCGUCCGUAUUUUACUGUUGGUUGGUUGUCUGGUUCCUCGCGUGGACCGACUCCUUCUGUUCUUCCUACACCUGUUGUUAGUCGUGUUGAUGCUGUUUGGAAUCGUCGGAAGCGAAGGAUUCUUCGAGAUUAUUACACCAGCAAAAAAAGAGUUCCUGCUAUGGAGCCGCCAUUUGCUAAGGAAAAUAUAUUACUUCUUAAAGGCGUUUCACGUGUUCGCUCUUAUUAUGGUGGUCCUGAGUAUGUUUGCCCGGCGUGCCAUGCUUCAUUUUGGUUUCUGGAGGGCUGUAAGAGUUAUGCUACUGGUGGUGGUCGCCUUCCAGUGUAUACUGGCUGCUGCAAGGGAGGCAAGGUGUCGUUGCCUUCAUUUCCCGGGGGUCCCUAUGUCUUCAAGAUGAAUGGGGUGGUUUAUCAUCGUAUUGGUCCUCUUCUUCCUUCGGGGAAUAGUGCGCCAAAGUAUGCUCAGCUUUAUAUGGUGGAAUCUGCUGAUGAAGUGCAGUUGAGAAUUAGUGCCUUUGAUCGUCAAGGAGCUGAAACGCUUGAUCCUGAUCCAGGCAUUGUGGCUUCUCUUAUUGCUAUGUUAAAUAGGCAUCAUAAAUUGGUGCAUAAGUUUAGAAUGGCUAGGGAAAAUCUGUGUUCUCCUUCUGCUCCUAGGGUGGCUAUACAUUUUAUGGGUGAUGAAGGCGGUGGUCAUGGUGACCGUUUUUCUGGUCCUGCUUCAUGUGAGGUGGUUGCUCUUAUAGUCGGCGAUUACACGCCUGAAUGUAAAAGAUUUGAUGUUAUUGCUGAAACUCGCUCUGGUUUUCUUCGUAUAUUGCUAUUGGUGGGCCUCAUGGAGAUGGGCAUUGUAAUAUUGGUGGACGUUUAUGUGGUCGUUCUUCUCGAGGGCAAGUAUCUAUGA